AUGGAGUUGCCGUCGGAAAAGAUUUUGAGAAACUCAUUAAAAUCUUUAGUCCAAAAUAAGACACUGUUUUAUGACAUUCAAAACGAUUGUUUCACUGCUACCUCCCAUCCCUAUCCGUUUGAGAACUCGUUGGAAGACAUGGAGAGUCUCUCCCUUAAGACUCAACACCUCUUGACGGGCGAGGAAGCGUUCACCAGAUUGUAUGGAAAGCCACCACAAUAUGGCUCUGAGGGCAGCUCUCACAGCAAGAAGUCGUGGCCAACGAAGCCAGACAUCGACGACAUGUACCGCAAGAGAAACUCUUUGGCUUCAACCGAGAACUCGUUCACACAUAAGACACAUAACUAUUUGCAUAACAAAAGCCAAACGCAAACCAAUUCACCGCUGAGACGAAGCGCUUCCCUAAGACUCGAGUCAAACAAAUCCAUGAAUCAAAUCCCAAAUGAGACCAGAAAUACAUCGUUCAAAAGGAGUCGAUCAUUCAAAAUGCACCGAAAAAAGCACGACAUCUUUGAGCCGUCGAGCACUCUGGAGUCGACCAGUACUUCCACUUCUGAGUCCACUUCAGCCGAGAGUUAUAAAAGCAAAAGCGAUUCCAACAGAAAGCAAUCAGUUUUGAGUAAAUUCUUACGACUGGGCACUUCUGGAGGCAAUGUCUCGAAAGCCAAACCUCUGGCCUCAAAGUCAGCCAAUUUUUCGGCACAAUUCCCAGAAAUGAAUGGCGCGAUCGUUGCAUACAAUGAUACGACACAUACAAAGUCGACGGCCACUCAGACAGUGAAGUGCGGACCUGAGGACUACGCCACUGUCAUCAUAAAACAGGCCAGUCGUCACGCAUUAGCCAAAAGUGGUUCCCAAACCCAAAGCCAAAGUCAGUCUCAAAAGCAUAAUAAUAAAGACAACGACUGCAGGAAUAUUCGGUGUCAUUGUAUGGAUAGAGAGCUCACUAAUGGCACUAAUGGUAAGCAUUCUCGGGUUAAUAAGUCAUUACAGAAAUGCAAAUAUGCCAACAAAUUAGAGACACAAUCGCCGACCACUCCUAUCGCUUCCAUCACUGCCAUGAGUCCCAUGAAUGCAAUCACUGGGAUCUCUACCCCUAUUGAUGAAUGCCUGCUCUGUAAUUGCAAUCCGGAAACCCAUAAAAUUGAUUCUAAUAGACAGGACUUAACAAACAAUAAUUAUUGGUCUAAAGCUAAUCAGCAGUUUCUCAGACAAUUCAAUGGCUCGAAUGGAUUUGAUUAUAAGAAGACUAUUAAACCAAAUGAUGGAUUAAGUAGUAAUUGUGAUCAUAGGACCACCACUUCACCACUUUAUAUGAGAAGUUCCAGUUUUCGCGAGCAUAAAGCCGCGGAUGAAGUGCCUGAGGAUAGAUCCAAAAGCUAUCCAAUACAUCCGACACCGAAAUUUACUGCCAGUCCUCAUACAACAACAACUCGUUUCAACAACUCUAUAAAUCUCAUUGAAAGGCCUAAAGAUAAUAGAGAUAAUAAAAGCCAAUUAUUGAAUACACGUCUGGAUUCGCAUAAUGACUGCCAAAACAAAUUCACACAGAAUUUCCCAUCGAAUCCUCGCCAAUGCAACGAUAAUAAUAUCUAUAAUCAUAACAAUUAUUGUGUCGAUAACUCAUUGAACGUAAGGCUAGAGAUCGGGUCGACCGCCACCACUAACAUCGAGAACGGCGAUCACACCGGAGAUGAUCAUACAGAUGAUCAUACAGUGACCCAAACCACACACGCAAACGCCACCAAAAUAGUCAACUCUAUCAAUACGAAUAUUCACUCCACGGUCGCCACUGAUGACCAAAUGGAUCCCAAGCACCCGAUCCUCUCAUCGGCCACCACUGUCACCACGACUAUGACAUUACCUAAUAUUUACUCGACUAAUGACAACAAUAAUGAUAUCACUUUCGACACCAAUAUCUUGGACUGGAUUCACACGCCUGACGACGCGGCCGCUCGACUCAAAGACAUGAAACUGUGUAACGAAGACAAUCGCAGGUCUAAUCAUCUGAUGAACAAACAAAACAAUGUGUUGAGCGAUAUCAAGAUCAAUUCAGUGCCACACCUGAGUCCCAUUCGUCAGCGAGUGGCGAAAGCGAAGGCAGAGUUCUUCAACUCCGUGGGUCCUAAGACUCCGGUGCCGGUCACUAACCUCUUGAUUGAAAAACCCCGUCCUUUCAGUUGCAUCCGACCCCUCACCCAACACAACGUCUACUCCUACUACUUACCACUCAAUGGAUGCGUCAGUUAUUAUGCCUUUUCAUUGCACUCUUCACUCCCCGGCGGACUCUUUCGCCUUCUGCCCAACAGUGGCGUCCGAGUUGUCAAUUGUCUUCUAUUCAAUUCCCACAUCGGAAUCGGUGUCUAUCUAUACAUGAGUCGACACAUGCGGGCCCUCCCUCUCUAUAACCGAAUAAUGUUCUCAGCCUUCGGUUCCGUAAUCUUCAACUUCGGGUCCAUUUUAUUCUGCGCGGCCACCAAAGCACUCCUACCGGACAGGACAUGGCUUCGGGUGCUGUUCUCACUGAUCACAUCCUAUGGCUUCUUAACCAUCGCUAAAGAAUACGUGCAAACAAUAAACAGUUUUGUUUCGUAGAAAUUAA